UACUGCAGGGAGCUGACAGGAGCCUCUCCAGCUCAACACAUUUUCACGUAAUAUUUUUUCCAUAAUGACAUUUUCUUUGUUUAGUUACGUUUCCUCAAGACGCAUAUGAAGGCGCGGUUAAAUGCAGUUCACCGACUGAGGGGAUUAUCCUCUUAAAAGAUCUCACACUAGACUGCCGCUUAAUUAGUCCUCACCAUGGCGACGGUUGUGAUGGAGCAGAUUGGGCGGCUGUUCAUCAACGCACAGCAGCUUCGCCAAAUCCCCCGUUUCCUGGAGUCAGCCUUCCCUAAACUGCCGUGUACUGUGAUGGUGAGCGAUGUGCCGUGGGUUUUCCGUGAGUCGCAUAUAUUCACGGGCUACAGGUCGCCUGACCAGAACUGGCGCUACUACUUCCUCACUAUGUUCCAGAGGCAUAAUGAGUCUGUAAAUGUGUGGACACACCUUCUGGCCUCCCUCAUUAUCUUAGUCAAAUUUCAGGAGCUGUCAGAAACCGUGGACUUCCUGCGAGACCCGCACGCCCAGCCGCUGUUCAUCCUGCUCCUAGCUGCCUUCACCUACCUGGUCUGCAGCGCGCUUGCCCACCUGCUCUCGGCCAAGUCUGAGCUCUCCCACUACACCUUUUAUUUUUUGGACUACGUUGGCGUAGCCGCAUACCAGUAUGGCAGUGCCCUGGCCCACUUCUAUUACGUCAUCGAACAAGAAUGGCACGCUCAAGUGCGAAGUUUUUUCUUGCCAGCCGCGGCCUUCCUGGCCUGGCUGUCCUGUACGGGCUGCUGCUACGGCAAGUACGCCAGCCCAAGCUUGCCCAAAUUCGUUCACAAGCUAUUCCAAGUGGUUCCCUCGGGCCUGGCCUACUGUUUAGACAUCAGCCCGGUGCUCCAUCGCAUCUAUAAAUGCUACAGCUCCGAACAAGGCUGUGCUGACCAGGCGGUGGUGUACCACUGCUACCAGGUCGUCUUCUUUUUAAUCAGCGCCUACUUCUUCUCAUACCCCCAUCCUGAGCGCUGGUUCCCGGGACGUUGUGACUUCAUCGGGCAGGGCCAUCAGAUCUUCCACGUGUUCCUUGUGCUCUGCACUCUAGUGCAGAUCGAAGCCGUGCGACUGGAUUAUAGCGAGAGGAGACCUCUCUAUGAAAGUCUCCAUGGAGACUUGGCUCAUGAUGCAGUGGCUCUUUUUAUCUUCACAGCGUGUUGCAGUGCACUCACUGCGUUCUAUGUGCGCAAACGGGUGAAGGAGUAUCUAGAAGAGAAGCAGGAGUAGGCAGGGACCUUGCUUGCACAUGAUGGAAGGAUUGCACUGGUCUACAACAAUUGAAGCAACUAACAAUGAAGGACCUUUUUGUUAUUUUUCAGCGUAUCUUAUAUUUGUCAUUAAUGUUUUUUUUGUGGCCUGCCAAUGCAUUUUGAACCAACUGCUUUCUGUUUACCAAACUGGUGACAUGCUUUAAAACCGCAUCACAUAUGAAGAAUGGCUCUAAAACAAUGGAUUGCCUGCUGAAAGGUGCUGAUCUGUUUGACGAGUGCCAUUACAACCUGUUAAACCUGGUUAACGUGAGAUCUGUGAAGGGAUAUCAGCAUUUUUGCUGACAGGUUGGUUUGCAUACAGGAUAGUUUAGGUUGACUGGAUCAUUGGAAAUGUUCAUAUUUGCAUUGUGCCUCUAAAUCCAACCUCAUUUUGGUGCAGUGUGCUGCUCUUAAAGGGUUAGUUCACCCAAAAAUGAAAAUUGGCUUGUGUUUUACUCACCCUCGAAGCAUC